UUUUGGGAACAAGCACACUUGAUCAAAAAGAUAUCAGAACCUUUGAGUUACUGUGUAGAGUUAAUCCACAACCAGCCUCUCCAUGGACUCUGCUAUGGCUGUGACAGAAACAUUCAGAAACACUUUCAUCAUGAGAAGCCGAUACGCACUGGUGGAGGGUACACAUACUUUAGCAAAAAGACAUCAGCAUGUCCACUUCAAGAAGGUUACCUGAAAACAUAUGGGAUUCCUGAAGAUGAUCCAGAAUCUCUGAGAUUGCCUAUACAGCAGCUCCUGCGUCUGGCUGCAGAAACCGACCUACUCCAACACAUGAAAAGACUUGCUUCCUGUACUAUGGUACAUAAAACUCAGGACAUGCUUGGUUUGGAAUUGCUCAAAGAGUUUUUAGAAUAUGACUGUGGGAUUCAGCAGGAAUGCAUCACAGAAGGUCCAAAUGUCAGUAAAGUUGUGGAAGAAGCUCAACGGAGGUCUAUCGUGGAUCAUUCUGAGCCAUUAAACCCACAAUGCAUCCAGUCAGUAGAGAAUUCAGCUGUGCUUCUAAAGUUGUUGAGAAGUUGCCAGGUCAAAGGAGGAGAUGCAGCAGCUGUCAUCGAGUUCCUUAGAAAGACUCUAGUCAAUAAGUGGCUUGAUGGAGAGAAGGCAACUCAAGAAAUUUCCAACAAGGAGCAACAGAUUGAUGAUGGGUGCUGGUUUGUUUUUCAAAGGAUAUGUCUACCAGAGCCUUUUCAGAAGAACUUGGAUAAGGGCAAAAGAGGAUUUGAGCAACCCCAUAUCAAAGAUCUAAGAUGUCCAGAAGAACAAGAAAAUAAAGAAAAUAAACUGUCAACUGUUUUCAACUCCAUUAUGAUGUUACCUAAACUUCUUCGUGAGGAAGAGGAAAAAAUGCUGUUCCAGUCUUUACGGAAUAUGUCCAGAGGAGAAAGAACAGUAUAUCUCAAACAACACGGUCUUUUACAGAACAGCCUCCACAACCCAUUUAUUCCAGGACUAAGUGAGAGACCUCGUGGUCUUUGGACAGAGCCUAAAACCUUUAAAGUACAACACAAGAAAAUCUUCACAAGGCCUGUGUCUCCUUUCUCUAACGAUCGUAUGUACAACAUCAAAUCUCUGAAGGAAAACUUCCACGUGUACAAGAGUGAGAAAGAGCCAACAAAGUUCAUUCAGGUCAAGUUACCUCAGGUACAGGAAUAUUAUCUUAAGUCCCCCCUGAGUUUAAGUGAGAUCUUCUGUAAAAACAAACAGCAGAAGUAG